AAGCUACACACAUCGAGCGGAAGUUUAGCUUUUGACCAAAUGGCAGAUUGCUGAUUUACAAGAGGAGGUGUUUCUUCCUGCUACAAGGAAAGCGUCUUGCCACCGUGGGAUUCUUUCCCCUCACUUUUCUCUUCUCCACCCUUCGCGCCACAGAGGGCAGCCCGAGAUCAAUUUACAAUAACAUAGCAUACCUACUCUUAGAGUCACAACCUUGAGCUACAACUUCACUUUGGUACUUCCAUCCCAUUUAGGCUUCCGAACGUGGGAGACCCGUAAUGGUCGACAGCAUGAACUUGGAGCAGAAGAAGCGGCAGUACGGUAUCCGUGGCAAGCAUGUUCUCAUUAUUUGUGUCACGGUAGUAGUCUGCUCUUUGGCAGUGGGUCUAGGGGUGGGCCUCUCGAGGUCUGACACGACCACAACAACCACACAGUCGACACCAGCCCCUACAGCAGAGCCUACACAGACCCCUCAACCUGGUAGGGGGCCCUGUGAGCCUUCCACUGACAGGAGCGGUGAUUGGAAGAACUUUCGUCUGCCCGACUAUGUGAAACCGAUCCAUUACGACUUGCUACUGGAACCUGACCUUGUCGAUGAUACCUACACGGGCACCGUGGAUAUACAAGUGGAAGUCAGCAAGCCCACCCGCCAUCUGUGGCUCCAUAUCAGGGAGACGUUUGUCAGGAACAAGCCCAGGCUAAAGCUGCUGGACAGGCAGGGAGGACAGAAGCACGUGUCAGUCAAGAGUUGCUUUGAAUAUAAACCUCAGGAAUAUGUGGUGGUGGAAGCUACAGAGGAACUGCCUGUAACAGGCCCUCAGGAAGUGUAUGUGCUCAGUUUGGAUUUCCAAGGGUGGCUAAAUGGCUCCCUGGUGGGAUUUUACAGAGUCGUUUACACCGAAGCAGGCAUCAGCAAAAAGAUUGCUGCGACUGAUCAUGAGCCAACAGAUGCCCGAAAAUCGUUUCCGUGCUUUGAUGAACCAAACAAAAAGGCCACCUAUAAAAUCUCUAUCAUUCAUGACGAGACCUAUGACGCUCUGUCCAACAUGCCACAUGAGGGUGCCCCUGACCUUAUGUCUGGCAAUAAAAAGAGGACCUCAUUCCAGAAAUCCAUUCCAAUGAGCACCUAUUUAGUAUGUUUUGCUGUGCACCAAUUCGCUCAUGUGGAAAGAAUAUCUGCCCGAGGAAUUCCACUGAGAAUCUACACCCAGCCGAGCCAGAUAUCAACUGCAACAUACGCAGCAAACACAACCAAGAUCAUUUUUGAUUACUUUGAGGAAUACUUCAACAUGACGUACUCCAUCUCAAAACUAGACAAGAUAGCCAUCCCUGACUUUGGCACUGGUGCAAUGGAGAACUGGGGACUCAUCACCUACAGGGAGACCAAUUUGCUGUAUGAUGAGAAACAAUCCUCCUCCUACAAUAAGCAGAGAGUUGCAAGUGUCAUUGCCCAUGAGCUGGUCCACCAGUGGUUUGGGAAUAUUGUGACGAUGGAUUGGUGGGAUGAUCUGUGGCUCAACGAAGGCUUUGCCAGCUUCUUUGAGUACAUUGGCGUGGAGAAAGCAGAGCCCAACUGGCACAUGCGGGACAUAAUGAUCAUCAGUGAUGUGCUUCCUGUGAUGGUGAAUGACGCCCUCCUCUCAUCCCACCCCAUUAUUGUCAAUGUCUCGUCCCCCGCAGAAAUCACCUCUGUGUUUGAUGCCAUAUCAUACAGCAAGGGGGCAUCAAUUCUCAGGAUGCUUGAGGACUGGAUGGGUCGAGAUAAAUUCAGAGCUGGCUGUCAGAAAUAUUUAAAAGAUUACCACUUCAAGAACGCUAAAACCAACAAUUUUUGGGCGUCUUUGGCAGAAGUGAGUUCGUUACCAGUUAGUGAGGUCAUGGACACAUGGACAAAGCAGAUGGGUUAUCCAGUGGUGGAUUUGAAUGUCACAGAGGCGAAUGCCACAUUGAACCAAGCUCGUUUUCUCCUGGACCCGAAUGCUGAUGCCAACCAACCUCCCUCACCCCUUGGGUACAAGUGGACUAUACCUAUCAAGUGGCACUCCGUGAAGAGCAAUAAGAACAUGUCAGUCAUGUUUAACAGGAGUAGCACAGAGCUUGUUCUCAAAGACUACUUGCCUUCAGUGGAUGGCCUGCUGAAGAUUAACAAUGAUCAUAUCGGAUUCUACAGAGUCAACCAUGAUGCUCAGAUGUGGAACAUGAUUAGCCAACAGCUUCAAAACAACCACUUGCAGUUUAAUGCAGCUGAUCGCACAAGCUACAUUGACGAUGUGUUUGCUCUAUCAAGGGCAGACAUAAUAGAUUACGGCCAUGCCUUCAACCUUACCAUGUACCUAAAAAAUGAGACCAAGUACAUUGUGUGGGACCGGGUGGCCGCCUCUAUUGCCUAUGUUCGGGACAUGCUGUCAGGCAAUGCUGUGGUCUAUCCAAAAUUUCAGAAACUGUUCCGUGAUCAUGUAAAAGCAAUUUCAUCGACACUUGGCUGGAAUGAUGACGGAGCACAGACAAAGAGGUUACUGCGGGAGACAGUGCUCAGCAUUGCUUGUCAAAUGGGAGAUCAGGAGACAUUGAAUCAAGCGUCAGAAAUAUUUGACCAAUGGAUUAAUGGAAGCAUUAGCAACGUAGCAGUGAACCUGAGGUUGCUUGUAUAUCGUUAUGGCAUGAAGAACUCUGGCACUAAAGCAAAGUGGAACACUAUGUUUGAGAGGUACAAAAGCACCUUCUUGGCUCAGGAGAAGGACAAGAUACUCUAUGGGCUGGCAUCUGUACAGGAUAUAAAACUUCUUUGGAGGCUCCUCGAAGCCUCGAAAAAUAAAACGGUGGUGAGGAACCAGGAUCUGUUCACUCUGGUGAGAUAUGUGUCCUACAACCCACUGGGUCAGAGCAUGGCCUGGGACUGGACCACACUCAACUGGGAAUACCUGGUUAACAGAUACACUCUCAAUGAUAGGAACCUUGGUCGCCUUUUGAAUCAGCUCACAAGCAAGUACAACACAGAGCUGCAACUGUGGAAGAUGGAGCACUUCUUCAGUCUGAAUCCCAAUGCUGGUGCUGGGGAGAUGCCAAGGCAGCAGGCACUGGAAACUGUCAGAAAUAACAUUCAAUGGAUCCGGACGAAUGAGAACGAGAUCAGAGUGUGGCUAGAAAGGAAUGUCUUUUAACUAUGUAACACACUUCAUGGAAGUCAACAUAUUUUCAUUGUAUGAAAAUUUACUUCAGAAAAAUCCAGAUUACUUCAGCAAAUUUAGAAUAUGUAGUACGAUAUUGAAUUUGCAGGAGCUUUCGUUAUAGUUUUAAGAGGUGGCACAAAAACACACAAUAUCUUGCUUACCCAAUUUAGUGUCCAGUCAUGGACACUAGAUUGGCUUGGGGAGCACUAAUAUUGCCCUUCCUUUUCGAUUUAAACCAACAUUAAGCCCUGCAAAGUGAAGUCACAGAUCUUUUUUUCCUAAAUACAUUUGGGUACCGGUAAUUGCUCAAAACGGUUUCACUGAGAACUAUAUCAUAGAGAAAAUUGUGUCUAUUUACUGUAACAGUUUUUCACCAUUUCUUUUAAUGCUAAUUGCUGAUUGUGGCCAACUGUGAAACCUGGGAUGUCUUGGACUUAUCUUUGUGUGGUAAGCAAGUAAGCCCUAGCUGCAGAGCAAGGAAUGGCGGUGGACCUUAACAUUUGAUUCUAUCCAUACUCAAAUUGCAUGAGUCCAAAUGACCCAAAACAUGCUCCUCACAUGGUUCUGGGGGAAUGUUUUUUUUACAGUUACAACCAAAACAUGCACACCCCAUGAAAAUCCAAUAAUUCCUACAGGGAGGGCUUUUUUUUUUUUUUUUACCCUAGGUCAGACUCUGAGUUAUCCACAUAGAGCAGACAUGUAUGUGGAGAUAGGUCUUGUCAAACUGCAUCCAACGGUGUGUAAUUCAUUCCAGUGUGCCACUCCUACUCUGAGCCCUGACCCAAAAACCUGUCUGCGAUUCUCAAUGGCAGACACUCUGGGCGGAUUCUCAAACCUUGUCUUCUAUCAACUGACCCAAAUCCAAACACUAACCUCAAACACCCUCUGCUGGAAAAAUGUGGUACUGCACCCACCCCCUCAUUUCUAGAUGGAGAACAUGUUUUGACUUUUGAACCCAAUGGCCUGGACCAGCAGUGCCCAAGUACAGUCCUCAAGGGCCACUAUCCAGCCUGGCCUGGGUGUCUCCCUCCUCCAACACGCCUGAUUCAAAUGGUAAGUUCAACAGCAAUCUCUGAAAAACCUGACAACAAUCCUCAUUGAUUGAAUCAGGUAUGUUGGAAGAGGGAGACUUCUAAAAUACGCAGCAAAUGGGAUUUUGAGGACCUGACUUGGGCACGCCUGGCCGAAACAUUCGGAACCAACGUCGACUCACCCAUUUUCGUUUUUCCGUGACUUCAAGAACCUCAGUUCGACCAGAGUGAAUGGCAAAAUAGCAGUUUAGACCACUUCAUUCAAACACAUCACUCAAACAUUUAGCUCCACGAACCCCAAUAUGGGGACUGCAGUCAGGUUCACUUUCAGUCAGUUCUCACUGGCUAGAUUUACGCCCCUUUUUUGUGCCACUUAUCGCGCAAGCUUCCUCCGUCAGCAGUCAGACUACCUCACUUCAGCUUCCAUCCUAAUGGCUCCGGUGGACAACUCUGUGAUGCUGUGGGUGUCCUGCUCACACCCUUUCCUCAUGUACCAUGCUGUAGUUGAUCCUUCUCUACUUUUUCCCAUCGAUCUGUUGUGGCCGAUGUCCACCUCAAGUGUGUGCUCAUAUCUGAACACAAAUUUUGGUCACGGUGCUGCAUGUUCAUCCAUGCGACUCAGCUACGGAAUGCUUUCUCCCCCUCUGCGUCCACCAAGGCGCCCUCUGGGAACUUUUUUUUCAGUUCCGGUUAAGGGUUCACAGUGUUGAGAGUGGAGAUAAUAGUGUGAUUUUUUUUGUGCAUGAUUUUUAAGCCUUAUUUUACACUCUUUGGUAAUCAUUCAUAUUUGGUAGUGUUCGCAACAUUUUUCUUUGGUGUGUCAAAUUGACUUUUUUUCUUUAACAGGAUCUUUUACUUUCACACUUUUUUUUUACCUGUGCGAGUUAUGUGCAAUUACCGGUAUAUGCUUCUCAGAAAUUAAUGUCAUCAAAUAAACGUAACACAGUCUGACU